GACAACGUGGACGAAAGCAGACGUUCUGACAUUUAUUUUGAAAGUCCCCACAGGAACUCCCGUGUAGUGUUUCGGCCCACUUAACGCUGAGUGUUAAAAAAAAAUCACACAGGCGAGUGGGAGGAAGCCAACUUGGAAACACCGCGGAGCGAAACUCCCUCUUGUUGCAGACUGAACUGGCCCGGCGGUUGGCGGUUCUGGACGCGGGCAGAAGGCGGCUACACACACCGGGUUUAAAUGAACCACAGCGGCCUAAACCCGCCCCAGCCUUCCGCGCCGUAAGCUGCCUGGAAGUUUAAACUUCGACUCAAACUUUCGGCUGGUCUGAACUCGCUCUGCCGCCUGUCUCUGGCCCUGUAAACCAAGGCGUCCGUGCCCCGCAUGUCUCUGUCUCGUCCCUGCUAAGUUUCCACAGACAACCAGCCGACGGAGAACAGAACCCGGGAGCCGCCGAGCACCAGGGCGGGUCAUGGAUCUACCGAGAGAGCGCGAGACCCGGCGGGGGGAAGGCAGGAGAAACCCCGCGGCGAUGAACAGGAGAAAAGCACCCGUGGAGACGACGUACCUCGUCGGUAUUAUCUGCCUCCAAGUUCUGUCCAUCCAGGCCACUGCCAUCCAGUUUACGAAGGAGCCCAAGUCCCAGGAUGCCUUGCACGGCCGCAGCGCCAUGCUGCGCUGUGAGGUCAGCGACCCGGCCGACAUCAGCUACGGCUGGCUCCACGAUGGACAGCGUCUGCAAAACAGCGAGAGGCGCUUCCAGGAGGGCAGCAACCUCAAGUUCAACGCUGUGGAUCGGCGGCUGGACGCGGGCAACUUUGUGUGCGCCGCGGAGAACGCGGCAACGGGAGAGUCUCUUCACUCCACCAACGCUGCCUUCAAUAUCAAGUGGUUAGAAAGUGGUGGUGUGACUUUAAAGGAGCCCACCUCAGAAGGGGAGAUCGAGAGCUCGGCGCCGGUCACGUUGCGCUGUCAUAUUGAUGGACACCCGCGGCCGACGUGCCAGUGGUUCAAGGACGGGGUGAAGUUGACAGAGAAGAGCCACCAGAUCAACAACAAGGAGAGGACGCUCACCUUUCCGAGUGCCAGUCCGGACGACAACGGCCUGUACUACUGCUGUGCCAAGAAUGCAGCUGGGCAUGUCUGCAGCAACAGCAACUUCACUCUCAACAUUAUAGAUAAGAGUUUCCCGCGGCCGGUGGUCACUCCCAAGGACCAGGUGGUGUUGAGGAACGAGGAGGCCUCGCUCCACUGCCAGUUCACUGCCGUGCCGAACCCCACGUUGGAGUGGUACCACGAAAACGAGCUGCUGGCAAACAAGUCUCGUCUGAUCCUGUUAUCCAACGGCACACUGCUGAUCACCCAGAUCAAGCCCAGGAACACGGGGACCUACAAGUGUGUCGGUCGUGGCCUCAGAGGGCCCGACGUUACGCUGGAGGCCUCCCUCCUCAUAGCUGAGAUAGAUGACAUGGUGCCCAAGAUGUCGAAGGUUUUCACAGCGGACACUCUGCAGCGGGUAGCCUGUCGUCCCCCACGCGGCAGACCUGAGCCCCAGGUCUGGUGGGAGAGAGGAGGUCAGCGGGUGCCCAUUGAGGGCAGAGUGUACCAGGACGGCCUGGAUCUGAUCUUCAGUCCCACAGAGGAAGGAGACUCGGGCACCUACACCUGCGUGGCACAGAACAGGGCGGGGCGAAGGACACAGGAGGUCACCUUCACUGUGGCCACUGCCCCAGUGUGGGUGACGCGGCCUCAGGACAGCCACCUCGAGGAGGGGAAACCAGGUUACCUUCACUGUCACGCUCAGGCCAACCCUGAACCUGAGGUCACGUGGCUCCGCAACAACAUCAUGAUCACACCAGAGGACUCUCGAUUUAAGCUGUUCUCUAACGGCACCCUCAGGAUCAACAAUGUGGAGGUGUACGACGGACAGAUGUACGGCUGUGAAACCAAGACUGAAGGCGGCCGGUUGUCUGGGCAAGCUCGAGUUAGUGUGCUUGAGAAGCUGAAGUUCACCCCGACCCCCCAGCCUUCUCAGUGCCUGGAGCUGGAUAACGAGAUCACCAUCCAGUGUUCUGCUAAAGGCAGAGAGAGCCCAACCAUCCGCUGGACCAAAGCAGACGGAGGAGAGCUGCCGCCCCGGGUGGCGCAGAGGACUGGCCAGCUCCACUUCACCAAAGUCAUCCGCAGAGACGCCGGCAACUACACCUGCAUCGCCUCCAACAGCCCCCAGGGGGAGAUCCGAGCCCUGGUGACCCUCAUUGUGGCAGUGUACAUUCGCUUUAAGGUGGUACCAGAGAAUACAACGGUGUACCAAGGUUUCACAGCCAUCCUGCACUGUCAGGCCACCGGUGACCCCGAGCCUCACAUCCACUGGAUGGUCAAAGACAGGACGCUGGACAUCAGUAAGAACAGGAGGUUCCAGAAGAUGCCCAAUGGCUCCUUGGUGAUUUCAGACGUCACUACAGAUGACACGGGCAGGUACACAUGUGUGGCCGGAAACAGCUGCAGCAUCAAAGACCGUGUGGCUAAGCUGUAUGUCGUGGAAAAACCAGUGCAGUCCUUCGAUGAAGACAUGGAUAAGGCCCCCUACAAGAUGAUCCAGACCAUCGGCCUGUCGGUAGGAGCUGCCGUGGCUUACAUCAUCGUAGUGCUUGGACUCAUGUUCUACUGCAAAAAGAGACGCAACGCUAAAAGACUGCAGAAAGGCCAGGACGGGGAGGAGCCGGAGAUGGAGUGUCUGAACGGAGGAGCUGUUCAACAAAAUGGCCACACCACCGCUGAGAUCCAAGAGGAGGUGGCACUCACCAAUAUGGGUACCGUGGCAACAACCGAGAAACGCCACAGCCACGUCAACAACGACAAGCUCCACUUUCCUCGAGCAAACCUGCAAACCAUCACUACUUUGGGCAAAGGGGAGUUUGGUGAGGUGCUGCUGUGCAAAGCUAAGGGUCUCGAGGAUAGCGAGGAGGAGACAGUGGUGUUGGUGAAGAGCCUGCAGGCCAGAGAUGAGCAGCUCCAGCUCGACUUCCGCCGCGAAGCCGAAAUGUUCGCAAAGCUCAGCCACCCCAACGUCGUCCGGCUGUUGGGCCUGUGUAGGGAGGCAGAGCCCCACUACAUGAUCCUGGAGUACUACGACCUGGGAGACCUAAAGCAGUUCCUGAGAAUUUCCAAAAGCAAAGACGACAAAGUGAAAUCUCAGCCUAUCAGCACCAAGACCAAAGUUUCCAUCUGUGCCCAGGUGGCUCAUGGGAUGGAGCAUCUGUCCAAUCACCGCUUCGUUCACAAAGACCUAGCCGCCCGAAACUGCCUGAUCAACAGUCAGAGGCGCAUUAAAGUGUCGUCGCUCAGCCUCAGCAAGGACGUCUACAACAGUGAGUACUACCACUACAGGCAGGCAUGGAUUCCGCUGCGCUGGCUCCCAUCCGAGUCUGUGUUUGAAGACGACUUCUCCACCAAGUCUGAUGUGUGGGCCUUUGGCGUUUUGAUGUGGGAGGUGUUCAGUCACGGGGAAAUGCCGUAUGCCAAACUCAGCGAUGACGAGGUGCUGGAAGGUCUGCAGACAGGAAAGCUGAAGCUGCCAGUUCCAGACGGAUGCCCCUCCAAAAUUUACAAGCUCAUGGCCCGCUGCUGGGCGAUAAGCCUCAAGGAGCGCCCUUCCUUCACUGAAAUCGUCCACACCCUGGGAGACCUGCCUUCUGACAGCAAAGUCUGAGAUGCCCGUAACCCCCUCAUCAGAAGGGGACCUUUGACCAACCCCCUUCUCUCCGGAAUGCUGGAUUAUUACACUCAAACAUUUCAGGGAAGCGGGUUGAGGAGGAAACACUUUUCUUAUAUGCAUUUGAAACUGUGUGUGUGGAUAAGAAUUUGUCGGUACACCGGUGGAAAAAACGCACUUGCGUUUGUGUGAACGGCUUCUUGUGAGCAGUGCCAGGAGUUUACGUCUGCCUUAACCGCAGCAUGGAGGACAUUCCCGUGAGUCCGCCGUCUGUGGUUCCACUGUGACCCUGCCUGCCUGUCUGCGACCGCUCUGUCCCAGAGACGCUUUGUUUCUCACACACACACACACACACACACACACACACACACACACACACACACACCGACCGACCUCUAACUGCUUUGUAGUAUGUUACAGUGCUCUCACUAGCUCAGAUGUAGGUUCCCUGCUCCGUCAAGUCUGAAAGAAUAUUGAAGGGAAAAAGUGGGACCUAAUGUAACUUCAGUGGAGCGUUGAAGUUUCAACCACUUCGGAGAGUGUUGCGUGAGAUCGUCUAAACUGGUCUACUUGAACGCAAAGUCCAAUCAGCUGCAACGGAUUGUUCCCACGCGGUGUACGCUCAAAGAAGAAAUGGAAUCGGGUUUGCAUGAAGGUUCGUCUGUUACACUUGUGAUUUGGGGACGUGAUGAAACUUGUGGGGGGGAAAAGUCAUCUGUUAUGGUAACACUUCAGGAACAUGAAAAAAAAAUGAAAAAAAGAUUGAAUUUAUAGCCAAGGAAUAUAUUUAAUAGAGGAUUGUGCCAGUGUGGGCUUUGUACGUUUUUAUGAGUGUGUUCUGUUCUUGUAUUAACUUUUGAGGUGCUCGUUGGUCACAACCUGUGGGUGAGAACACCCGUCAUACCACGUGAUCAUGUUGCAGGCCUGCAGCCCAUCACUGUGUUUAACCUGCAACAUCAUUUCUUCAGAGGUCCAAUCACAGUUUUCCUCCAAGGUCCAAUUAUUUUGUGCAAUGCUGCAAAGUGGACCAUGACACCAGGCAAUGUGUACAUAAUGUAGAAGCCAUGCACUAACUUCACUUAAAAAGAAUAUCCCUCUUUAUCUCUAUCAUGUUGUGUAGUAGAACAUGCAGGUGCCUGUUUAUUUAUGAUGAAGGUCCUGUCUUUUUUUCUUUUCUGUUCUUUUUUUUACUAUGUUCAUAACAUAAAGGUACUUUUCUGAUGCUCUGUAUUCAUUCUCGCUGUCAUCUCAUGUGCGUUCAGUCUGGGAGUCAGCUGAAUAUGCUAACAGUACAACGGAGGUUAAGAGUGACUGCUGGUCACCAGUACUCAUUUAAGUGCCUGGUUAAUGAAGGAUUAUCUUAACUGUUUCCAUUUUUGUUUUUUACAUUAUCUAAUCAAAUGCAAUGGCCUUUCUUUAUGAACUUGUUUUUAUACAUUGUUUUUAGUGUAAUGUUUUGUUUUUUAUGAAUUCUAGGCACUCACACCUAGACCUUUUUUAAAUAAAUGUAAUCUGCUUCAGCAAAUGUUCACAAUAAUCACAGAUAUAUAUAUACAAAAGUAUACAUGCUGCUGUCAAUAAAGGUUCACAGUGUUUUUA